AUGGAGACGGAGCAGUUUCAGGCUUGGGAGGCCCUGGCGGGUCAGCGGGAAGUUCAAGAUCGGCCGGGGUGGGGUCGACCUUUUCCUGAGGAACUACGCGGCAAGCUGGGAUGCCUUUAUUUUACUCAGAAGAUUUGCUUCAACAACAUUAACAAGUUUCCACAUGUCUCAUUCAAUUGGGUCGGGCUUAAUGGAAGCCAGUUGUUAAGCCACAUACCACCAGUUCACACAUAUACAGCAGACGGCACGGUUGCCGACGUUCGAAAUCUGUGA